CCAAGUAUUAUAUUAGUGAGAGAUAAUAAGCUGAUGAAUAAUGCAACAAGGAGAAGAAGAAUCCAAAUAAACAUGGUUGUUAUUGCUGUAUUUGCAGAGUAGUGGCAGUAGAUCAACAGCUGCUCUCUGUCUCUCUCUUCCUCCACAUAUUCCUCCAUUCUUUUUCUCUCUUCCAAACUUCAAACCCAGUUCAGAAGAAGACAGAGAAACAGAGGAGAGAGAAAAUGGAGACUAACUCAGUCUCCAAGUUGUUCACCCUGUUGAGCAUAGCUUUACUAAUGGUGGGUACUCAGCUGAUCCAGUGUAGCGUGACCUACGAUAACAAGGCCAUCAUCAUAGAUGGGCAUCGCAGAAUCCUCAUCUCUGGCUCCAUACAUUAUCCCAGAAGCACCCCUGAAAUGUGGGAAGAUCUUGUACAGAAGGCUAAAAAUGGAGGAUUAGAUGUGAUAGAUACAUAUGUGUUUUGGAAUGUUCAUGAACCUUCCCCUGGCAAUUACAAUUUUGAGGGAAGAUUUGAUCUUGUACGGUUCAUAAAGACAGUUCAGAAAUUUGGGCUCUAUGUUCAUCUCCGUAUUGGACCUUAUAUUUGUGGAGAGUGGAAUUUUGGAGGGUUUCCAGUAUGGUUGAAGUAUGUUCCUGGCAUCAGCUUCAGAACCGAUAAUGAGCCUUUCAAGGCAGCAAUGCAAGGGUUCACCCAGAAAAUUGUUCAGAUGAUGAAGGGUGAAAACCUGUAUGAGUCCCAGGGCGGACCCAUCAUCCUAUCUCAGAUUGAGAAUGAAUACGGGGCAGAAACAAAGGCUCUUGGAGCUCCAGGGAAAGCGUACAUGAACUGGGCUGCUAGUAUGGCGGUUGGAUUGGGUACAGGAGUCCCAUGGGUGAUGUGCAAGGAAGAUGAUGCCCCUGACCCUGUGAUAAAUGCGUGCAACGGUUUUUACUGUGAUGCAUUUACUCCAAACAAACCUUACAAGCCCACCAUGUGGACUGAGGCUUGGAGUGGCUGGUUCACAGAAUUUGGGGGCACAAUUCACCAGAGACCUGUUCAAGACUUGGCAUUUGCAGUUUCUCGAUUCAUACAAAAAGGCGGCUCAUUCAUUAACUAUUACAUGUACCAUGGAGGAACAAACUUUGGGCGCACUGCUGGAGGACCUUUCAUCACAACCAGUUACGACUACGAUGCUCCUAUUGAUGAAUAUGGUUUAAUCAGGGACCCUAAAUACAGCCAUUUGAAAGAGCUCCAUAAGGCUAUUAAGCUAUGUGAACAGGCCUUAGUUUCAUCCGAUCCUAUGGUUACUACAUUUGGAAGCUCCCAACAGGCUCACGUGUUUUCUGCGGGAAGUGGAAAUUGUGCAGCGUUCCUCUCAAACUUCGAUAGCAAGUCUGCAGCGAGUGUUAUGUUCAAUAACAUGCAUUAUGAUUUGCCACCGUGGUCCAUCAGCAUCCUCCCAGAUUGCAGGAAUGUAGCCUUUAACACUGCAAAAGUUGGAGCUCCAACUUCAUCGCUGAAAAUGUUGCCAACCAAUUCUAUGUUGUUUUCUUGGGAGAUUUACAAUGAAGAAAUUUCUUCUUUGGAGGACAGUCCGACAAUGACAGCGGUUGGACUGUUGGAGCAGAUAAAUGUCACUAGAGAUAGCAGCGAUUAUUUGUGGUACAUAACAAGUGUUGAUAUCAGUUCAUCAGAAUCGUUUCUGCGAGGAGGACAAAAGCCCACUCUCAUCGUGCACUCAAGAGGCCACGCAGUGCACGUCUUUAUAAAUGGACAGUUUUCAGGUUCAGCCCACGGGACUAGGGAGGCCAUGAGAUUCACAUUUACCGGACCAGUCAAUCUGCAGGCUGGAAUGAAUAGAAUAGGACUACUCAGCGUGGCUGUUGGAUUGCCGAACAAUGGGGUGCACUACGAAAUGUGGAAUGCAGGAAUCUUAGGGCCAGUGUCACUAAAUGGCCUAAACCAAGGAAAGAGGGACUUAUCGUGGCAGAAAUGGACUUACAAGGUUGGCCUGAAAGGAGAAGCAAUGAAUUUGGUAUCUCCAAAUGGAGUCUCAUUGGCUGAGUGGGUUCAGGGGUCGCUAGUCGCCCAAAGCCAGAAACAUUUGACUUGGUACAAGGCUUAUUUCAAUGCUCCGGAUGGAAAUGAGCCGUUAGCCUUGGACAUGCGAAGUAUGGGAAAGGGUCAAGUAUGGAUCAAUGGACAAAGCAUAGGCAGAUAUUGGAUGAUUUAUGCGAAUGGCAACUGUAGGGCUUGCAAUUAUGCUGGGACAUACCGAGCCCCUAACUGCCAGCUUGGUUGCGGCGAACCAACUCAGAGAUGGUAUCAUGUUCCCAGAUCUUGGUUGAACCCGACACAAAAUUUGUUGGUGAUUUUUGAAGAACUAGGCGGGGAUGCAUCAAAGAUCUCACUGGUGAAAAGAACAAAAUGAUGAAAGGAACCACAAAAGGAGAAGAAUCCAAAAAACUUCCCACUGUAAUUAGAUUUUAUGCUAUGGUAAAAUUUGAAGCAGAAAGAAGACGAAAACCCGACACUUCUAAGUCGAUGGUCAUCCGAUGCCAAGCAACGAAAUUGGGUCUGGUGGCAACACCUACCAUUCACUAGUAGAUGGGGCAAUAUGAAUCUGAUGAGUGCUAUUAGGUAGUGGAAAGCUUGCUAUGCUUUGUAUCAGGGUUCAAAAGGUGGGCUCUGUAAUAAAUUGUGUAAUGGUGAGUUAAAAAAUAACAUAUUUGAUCAUUCUUCACGACCAAAAAAUAACACAUUUGAAGGGUUCUAGGAUUGUUUAGA